GAUUCACUGAUAAAAAAAAGACAAGUUUAAUAAGAAGGAGAUAAAGGACUGUGAAAGAUAUUAAAGCAGCAAAAAAAAGCGAUUAAAAUUUUUUCGAUUCGAAAGAAUUCUCAAAUGGCAGGAACAGGAAACAUGAGACAAGAAGACACAGCAACAUACGUAGUCGCAAAAUACGAUUAUUCCGCACAAGGUGCACAAGAGCUAGAUUUAAGAAAAAAUGAACGAUAUUUAUUGGUAGAUGACAGUAAACAUUGGUGGCGUGUGCAAGAUGCAAGAAAUCAAUCUGGCUAUGUGCCGAGUAAUUAUGUUAAAAAAGAGAAAAAGUCAGUAUCACUAUUCGAUAGCUUCAAAAAGAAGGUGAAAAAAGGCUCAAACUCAACGAGGACACUUCCAAAUUCAUCACCGUCUCGUCAGGUUGACUCACCAACACCGACCAUGGGACGAAAACUUCCUCCUGAUCCGUCAGAAGCAAUUGGAACGGCCAUAGUAAAAUAUAAUUAUCAAGCACAACAAGCUGAUGAAAUGUCAUUAACGAAAGGCAUAAGGAUUUUGAUACUUGAGAAAAGCAAUGAUGGGUGGUGGAGAGGACAAAACGGUAAUCAGACAGGAUGGUUUCCAAGUAAUUACACAACAGAAGAGAGCGAUAAUGAUGAACUUCAUACUUAUGCCAUGGCUGAGAACGUCCUUGACAUUGUUGUCGCUCUUUACUCAUUUAAUUCUAAUAAUGACACGGAGUUGACGUUCGACAAAGGCGAUAGACUAGAAAUUAUUGAUAGACCACCCUCAGAUCCCGAAUGGUUUAAGGCACGCAAUCAGAAAGGUCAAAUUGGACUCGUACCGAGAAAUUAUCUGCAAGAAUUACAAGAAUAUCUUAACAAUACUCCAUAUCGAGGCGGUCCUGAUUCCAUAGACAGGAGAAAUGAUGUUGUCCAUAGCAGCGCAACAUUACAAAGUACUCAUGGAAACGGUACAAGUCAGCCAGAAAGACCUAUUCUAAGCGGUAAAAGUUGGUAUUAUGGAGCCAUAACAAGAAAUCAAUGUGACACUGUGCUAAAUUCUCAUGGUCAUGACGGAGAUUUUCUCAUUCGUGAUUCCGAAACAAAUUCCGGCGACUUUUCUGUAUCACUAAAAGCUCCGGGACGUAAUAAGCAUUUUCGAGUACAUGUUGAGGGUAACAUGUACUGCAUAGGUCAAAGAAAGUUUCAUACACUUGAUCAGCUUGUAGAUCAUUACCAAAGAGCACCGAUUUAUACGAAUAAGCAAGGUGAGAAAUUGUAUCUUGUGCGACCUUUGCCGAAGGCCAAUGGCACUUAAAAUUAUUAUGCCUAGAAAGAUAAGUUUUUCUUAAAAAAAAGUAAAUGAUAUCGUAAACAGUAAAUAAGUAAGCGAAAAAAAACUACUUCCCAUUGAACGAGACAGAGAUAUCAGCAUAAAAAAGAGAUAUUAAUAAGAAAGGCAAAAUCCGGCCAAAUAUAAAGUUUCCUCAUCAUGCGACUACAUACUCGAAUCAUAUUAAAUCAUAAACAACAAAAUAACAAUGAUGGAAGUAAAGCAGUUUUUUCUUUUUUUCUUCUUAAAUCAAUUGAUUGUUUCCCAUGAAAGCGCGUUAAAUAAGUUUUUUUAAAGCGUGAAAACAAACAUCGCAAACCACUUCAAUGAAUCAACAUAAGUCGUGAAUCAAGUUAGAUGGGUUUUUAAGCUGAUUGUUUGUGAUUGUUAAGCGCUUUAAACUGGAUAACAUCAUUUUUGAUAUUCUUUCUUGAUUAAUCAAUAGAUCUAUUUCUGGUAGGAACUGAACCCACGUCUUUAUAAAAAUUACGGUUUUAAGCUUCAGGAUCAUUGUUGAUUACAACCACGAAGCUAAGUCUAUAAAAACAUGCCAUUUUACCUAUUGUAACCUGAUUAAACCAAGCUCUAUAAAAUUGAGAUUUGAACCAACACAUUCAUAAAGAAAGACCUUAGAUUCCUAAUAUGGUAUCUCAACGAUUUAAUCAUCUGACUUCUUAACUAGCUUAACU